AUGCUUCUUAGCAUGGUAACGAUCGAGUCCCGAAACAGUCACAUCAUGUUUCUGAAUACUCAACUGAGAUUGCGCCUGUCCAAAACCAUCCGUGUCGGGAUUUGUGGCCAAACACACAAGAUUAGUUUCGACAGGCUCGCCUUGGGUGCCACGACCCAAGUAGUGCGCGCCAUCGCGCGAACCGUUGACAACCCUGGAAAUUUCGUCGUCGAAUUCGACGAUGGUACCGAGGAAGUCCACGGUGACCAAGCUCUCCUUGAUGCUGUUUAUAAGCAGGUCGAUGAUGACGGAAAUGAAUGGUUCACUUUUGAUGAUAUUGUCGAUCAUCAAAAACGCCCCCGCGGUGGUUGGGGACGUACGCGUGGAUGGUUUCUACGCGUAAAAUGGGCCAACGGUGAAUUUACCUGGGAGCCCCUCACCUCUUUGAAGGAGAGCAAUCCCUACCCGGUGGCCAAAUAUGCGGCCGACCACGAUCUCCUAUCCGAACAUGCCUUUUCUUAUUGGGCUCCCACCGUGCUGAAAAAGGCCGACCGAUGGAUCCGUGCUGCCAAGACGGGAAAAAAGAAAAUCGAUACAAAUACGAAAUAG